UAGGGAAUUGGUGGAACGAGACGGGCGCUCUCUCGAAGUCGCAAUGGCGAUGACACCUCCUGCUCUAACACUCGAUCUCCUCCGUUGCCCCAUGCCAGGAGCGGCACCUCCUGCUCUCACACUCGAUCUCCUCCGCUGCCCCAUGCCAAGCUCCUGGCAUGGGAGAAAAACACGUCUCAGCUUUAACAAGGGUGGUCUCUACCUCAAGAUUGCCUCCUCUUCUCAGUCUUCCACCCCUUCAGAAGUUAGCGCCGAGACUGCAGAAUCUUGUGUCAACUUGGGCCUCUCCCUCUUCUCUAAAGGAAGGGUAAAAGAUGCUCUUAUACAGUUUGAAAAUGCACUCACAUUGAAUCCAAACCCAAUGGAAGCUCAAGCCUCACUUUAUAAUAAAGCCUGUUGCCACGCAUAUAGGGGUGAAGGGAAGAAAGCUGCAGAUUGUUUGCGAACUGCUUUGAGAGAUUAUAAUCUCAAGUUCAGUACUAUUCUCAAUGAUCCCGACUUAGCUUCAUUCAGAGCUUUGCCCGAGUUUAGGGAAUUGCAGGAAGAGGCUAGAGUUGGAGGUGAAGACAUCGGUUAUGGAUUUCGAAGGGAUCUCAAGCUUAUUAGUGAGGUUCAAGCACCAUUUCGUGGUGUAAGAAGAUUUUUCUAUGUCGCACUUUCAGCUGCUGCUGGAAUUUCGAUGUUUUUUACUGUCCCCAGACUCAUACGUGCAAUUAGUGGUGGUGAUGGUGCCCCUGCUCUUUGGGAGACUGCUACUAAUGCUGGCAUCAAUGUUGGAGGCAUCAUUAUACUUGCGGGAUUGUUUUUCUGGGACAACAAAAAAGAAGAAGAGCAGCUUUCUCAAAUAACAAGGGAUGAAACACUAUCAAGAUUACCCCUGCGACUUUCUACCAACAGAAUUGUUGAACUUGUGCAGCUGCGAGAUACAGCUAGGCCAGUUAUUUUGGCAGGGGACAAGGAAACUGUAUCUAGAGCAAUGCAGAAGGCUGAGAGGUUCAGAACUGAACUUGUAAAACGUGGUGUUUUGUUGAUUCCUGUUAUCUGGGGUGCUUAUAAGAAUGUCCCUCUUGAGAAAAAAGGCUUUGGACUUCCUCAGAAGACUACUACAUCGCUUCCUUCAAUUGGACAGGAAGACUUUGAAAAGCGAGCCCAAUCAAUAUCUGCCAAGUCACGCUUGAAAGCAGAAAUGCGAUUUAAAGCCGAUAUAAUAUGUCCUGAUGAGUGGGAAAGAUGGAUAAUUGACCAGCAAAAGUCUGAGGGCGUUAAUCCUGGUGAAGAUGUAUACAUUUUUUUGCGACUGGAUGGCCGUAUUCGAAGAUCAGGGAAGGGCAUGCCUGAUUGGCAGCAGAUUGUGAAAGAGCUGCCACCGCUAGAAGCCUUCCUCAGCAAACUCGAAAGUGGUGAAGAUAUUUCAAACUUGAUUGUGCAACGUCUUCUUCGUUGGCCUCUGUCAAGGCUUUUGGAGCUUACUACACAUGGCAUUGUGUUGGUUGGCCGUCCUCAUAUCAUUUGCUCGCAUCGAUGAAGCAUACAUAUCUGGGAAGUCAUUAGUGUUUGUCUACACUAGCAGAUAAUUCAAUAGCAGGUUAUUAUCAAUUCAGGUCUUGAAUGAACAAUAUUAACCUAUUACACUAUUAUGAAAUAAUUUGACUAACCCAAAAUAUGGGAUAAGUUUUUAAUAAUUGAAGAGAUUUCUUAUGAAUCAUUAGAA